AUGACCAUCGACUUGGAUUCCGUCGCUCGCAAAGUCGACGUUGAUAAUCGCAUUCCCCUCCGCUAUUACUAUCGGAUUGCCGAUAACCUCCUCAAGCAGGCAAGUAUCUACAGGGAGGAGAAUAACGUAGUUGACUUGUACAUCAUUCUCCUUAGAUUUUCAAGUUUGGUUUCUGAAACUAUACCAUAUCAUCGAGAUUAUCAAGCUACACUGCCCAAUGAAAGAGCAGCUAAUAAGAAGAGAUCACGAGCCGUAUUGGAUGAGCUUGAAUCUUUGAAGCCUGAAUUUAAACGCCGGGUCAAAAAAUUGAAAGACUUGCAUGUUAAAGCUCCAUUGCCUGAGGAAAAUGGCUGCAAUAAGGCUUUGCAGAGUUCAGUAAAUUCAUCUUUGGAAUGGUCGGCUGUCAAUAAAAGUAAUAACUUGAGCAUGGAUUUUAAACAGACUGCUGGAUUCGGGUCACACUCGUCAUGGAAUUAUAAUAAUAUGUUCUCAUCAGAUUCCAGGCCUAUUGACAAGCACUUUCAGAAACUAUCUCUUAGUCUACCUGCUCCAAAUAAGGAGACUUUGUCUAGACACUCAUUUUUAGGACCAAAUGGCCUUCGGGGCCAAUGGCUUGGACCUAGCGCAGAAAUAAAGGUUCAAUAUCCAAGCAGUAGUGACCUCACACAUGCCAAGGAUUCAAGCCUGCAUCAGACUGGGCUAUAUGACAUUGUGGCAAUUAAAGAUGAUGAUCAAGAACCAGUUGUAUCCACAAUGGAGUCAGUUCUCUCCUUGGAUGAUGGAAGAUGGUUGCGUCCUUCUAUUGAGUCCAGUUCUUCUGUUGAAACUGAAACAAGGGAGGACCCCUUACAAUUUCUCAACAUCAGGCAACCUAUGCCCCCUCCUGUUCUUGCACAGGUGCACCCGGAAUGUGCCCAUAUUCCCCCUUCAAAAGUUGCAGAUCCAAGGCCAGGACCAGCUAAAUCUUCUCAUGAUUCUGGACUUGAUACAACAACAUAUCAACACCUACAUAUUCCUGUCAAAAUGAUGGAAGAUUUUUUGAGAUUAGCUUCACAAAACACUAUGAAGAACUUAGAGACAUGUGGUGUUCUUGCAGGGUCCUUGAAAAAAAGGGUAUUCCAUAUCACGACACUUAUAAUCCCAAAGCAGGAAUCAACUUCGGACUCGUGUCAAACAUUGAACGAAGAAGAAAUAUUUGAAGUUCAAGACAGAUUAUCACUUUUUCCUCUAGGUUGGAUACAUACACAUCCGUCACAAACUUGUUUCAUGUCUUCUGUGGAUCUACACACUCAUUACUCAUACCAGAUCAUGUUACCUGAAGCAAUUGCUAUUGUCAUGGCCCCUACGGAUACUACUAGUCCACAUGGCAUAUUUCAUUUGUCUGAUCCAGGAGGUGUUUCUGUAAUUCGAAACUGUCAACAACGUGGAUUUCAUCCCCAUGAGGAGCCUUCGGAUGGAAGUCCAAUAUAUGAGCACUGCUCUCACGUCUAUAUGAACGCCAACUUGAAGUUCGAUGUUGUUGACCUUCGAAAGCGAUGA